AUGGCCGAUGGUAAUAGAGGGCGAACCCUUGUAAGGGCAAGCUCGGCCAACCAGGUCUCCCAAUUACCCAAGUCGAAUGAUGUUCCCCAGCGUUCCCAGUCCACGCAGCUCCCUCUAACAUUCAACGUUCAAGACGAGCUACGCCAGAGAGCUAUCCGAAAUGAACAAGUCAGACACACUUCUAUCACAUCAUUGGAGGCUCCUCGAGCAGUUGUACCGCCGCAUAAAAAUAUACCUAUGCUUGAUGAGAACAGCUCGACGAGGACGCCGAAUCCACAUCUGCAUUCGCAUAAAUCUGGCAACAGAUGGUCCCAAUUCUCGAUGAACAAUAGUCUUAAGAAACCACCACAGAGCUCAGUUGAAGGCCUUGGACCGCAUACUCCCAUAAAGAAGAAAAUAAACAUAUCACCGUUGACCCAGAUCAAGCAGCCGGCAUCCGCUUCGUCUGUUUUGAAGGGAGGUGAUUAUUCAUCGGAACGAGGAUCAGCAAACUCUUCUGGAAGAACUUCAAAUGCUCAUUCUAAUACUCUGUCUUUGACGGAGAGGCUACUGGGACACUCGUGGAAACUGACGGGCCGUACUGGGAAAGUCAGUAGUCAUGCCUCGAUGAACACCUUAGUUCCCAUGUCCAGGCAUGAUGUGGAACUGAAUACAAGUGAAGAGGAAGAUGAUGAUGAAGCUGGUGAAGAAAGUCAUGGUGAAGUGGACCGCAUGCUUGCUACAGGAGACGCUGAAGAUGUCGACUUGACCACCUCACUGACUAUUUUUGACAUUGCAAAGGAGCUACAAGACUUCCAAAAUAUGGUAGCACUGCCUCACCAUCAGGACCCAUCUGGAACCAAUAGAACCCAGCAGAAAGUCCUUGAUCUUAAACAAUACCAGGAGGAACAAGAGAGCCUGGUAGUUAGCCAUCUGCUUGAUCACGCAGUUAAGAUCCAGAAUGAAGCACUUCUAUCUACCUGGACGCUGCUUCGGCUACGGUUCUCUAGUCAUGCCACAGGAGAGUCCAACUCAAACCUAAGAUGUUCGGCGGGCGUUCUCGGUAGUAUCCAGCGCAAACCUAUCAAAGAAACUGGCACUAACCAGGUGAAAAGGUCUGAGAAAGAGGAGUAUCUUCUGAACAUGUGGACCAAUGAGCUACAUGAUAUGUUCGACGGCUACCUCAAACCGACGCUGAUAGGCGGAUAUGACGAAGACAUCUAUCAAGAUACUGGAGCUGGUCAGCCAUUCAACAUGUCCCAUAUGGCACUGCGAGCCCUUCAUUCUCGAAGUGAAAGUCAGUUGGGCUAA